AUGUUUACCACUUUAUCCUAGAUUUUGUUUGUCAGUAGGGGGCGAUCUUACAAAGCCAGCUCUGUAACAAUGACUUAGCAAAACGAAACAAAUUAUUUAAAAACUGGAUAUAUGUAGGAAUAGCAUGUUAAUGACAUUACAGACGUUCAUUAAAAAAGAGAAAGGUAGCUGUUUCGCGAUAAGCUGUAACUAAAAACAGGUGUUACAUCUGGCAGGUCACAGCAAAACAAGAGUCCGCGUGCGUGGAGUUCAGUUUGUGGCGGAGCUCGGUCUUAAAGAAGCCUGCAACCCACUCGCUUUUGGAGCAGAAAGAACAUUUUUGAUUAAAAAUCAACAAUGGACAAAACGCAUCCAGGAAGCAAAUCAAGACCCUUUCCUGUAACUACAUUAUUCAAACAGGAGCCUCAGACAUCUGAAAACAUGCAGGUGACAUACAGAAUUCCAGCUCUCAUCUAUAUCAGUGACAACCGUGCAUUUCUUGCUUUUGCCGAAAAGCGGAGAACUGCAAAUGACACGGAUGCAGAUGUCCUUGUGAUGAGAAAAGGAAUAUGGAAGGAUGGUGAGGUUGAGUGGGAUAGUAGUCACGAGUUGCUCAGUUCUGCCUGUCAACCAAACCGCCGCAGCAUGAAUCCGUGUCCAGUCUAUGAGAAGGAAUCCAAGACCCUUUUUCUGUUUUUCAUCACUGUUCCUGUUGGGGUCUCUGAACACAAACAAAUACAAAACAAUAAGAAUCAGGCGCGACUUUGUUACUUAACCAGUGAGGACGCCGGCAAAACCUGGAGCGACAUUACAGACCUGACAGAAGAUGUGAUCGGUGAGCAGGAGAAGGACUGGGCCACCUUUGCUGUCGGUCCAGGACACGGCGUUCAGAUGAAGGGCGGUAGACUGAUUAUCCCAGCAUACGUGUAUCCUUGUCACUCACUCAACUGUGAACCCACGUCACGUGCAUUUACUUUCUACAGUGACGAUAAAGGAAGUACUUGGCAUUUAGGAAAGCGCGUGGACGGCGAGUCUAACGAGUGUCAGAUGGCUGAAAUCAUUGACGACAAAGGCAACGGCAAACUUUACUGCAAUGCCCGAAGUGUAUCAGGCCACAGGGUCGAGGCUCUAAGCGAGAAUAACGGAGAUGCUUUCGAAAAGCUUUCGUCUGCACGUAAGCUGACAGAGACCGGACAUGGCUGCCAUGGAAGCGUAUUGAGUUUUGCACCUGAUCGAGCGACUGGAAGAACAUGGCUACUCUAUUGCCAUCCAACCCACCCAAGCAAGAGAACGCACCUUGCUGUCUGCUUGAAUAAAUCCCCGUGGGAUGCCUCAGGAUGGGAGGACCGUAAACUGAUCAUCUACGAUGGUCCGAGUGGAUAUUCGGAUCUGGCUCACUGUGGAGAUGGAGAAUACUUUGCCUGUCUCAUGGAAUGCGGAGGGAUAAAGGAGGUUGAAGGGAUAGGCUUCGUCCUUUUUAAACUCGGUGAUGUCAUUUAGGGUGGCGAACGAGACGAGAAUACUAGGAUCAUACGCUACAAGUCAAAAGAUUUUUUUUUAAUUCAGCAAGCACUGAUCAGGAAAUCAAGGUUCUGUUCAUUAAAUAAUCCUACCAGAAGUAACACCGUUUCCAUUAAAAAAAAAAAAAAAAAAUUUUCUUAAAAAGCAGCACAAUUGCGAAAUGUUUUUUUUGAGCAGAGAAUGAUUUCUCAAGCAUGAUGAGGCAUUGAAGACUGGAGCAAGGGCUGCUUUGAAAAGUGACGCACUACGAUUAAAAUAGAGAAGACUUUUUUAAAAUUGUGAUGGUAUUUCACAAUGUUCCUGUUUUUGCUGCAUUAUUGAUCGAAUAAAGGCAGUCUUGAAAAGCA